CUUAUCUCUCUUCUCUCAUGUCAGCUACUGGGGACCUCUUUGAGGUUUGCAGUUGUGCAUUUUUUAGCUACUCUAUCUUCUUAAUGCUCUAUAUUAUGUUCUACCAUUACAAUCUCUCUUCCUAUUUCACAUCAUUUAUUUCUCCAUCAUACCUCAUUUAUUUAGUUUUUUCCAAAGAAUUUGCAAGCUGAAAAUGGUUGAGCCCAAACAUCCCUUCCAUCACUUCUUAAUACUCAUACUGCUUCUUGCACCACUUCUUCUUCAAGGUAUAAGAGGGUCUCGAGUUCAAAUCUCGCAAAACAAUCAUGAUACACCAAUGUACAAGGAUGGAUGGAAGAGAUUGUUGAUUGGAUCAGUAGCUCCAAUUUGCACGUUCAAUGAAUGCAAAGGUUGCAAGUAUAGGUGUAUGGCUGAGCAAGUCCCAAUCGAAAGAAAUGAUCCCAUCAACACCGCCUACUACUACAAAUGUGUUUGCCAUAGAUGAUUGCUAUAUUGCUAUUGAUAAUGAUGAGAUAGAUAGAAUUGUUGUUGAAGAUUUUAUGUUGUCCCAGAUUUCUGUCUGUCUGAAAUAGAAAUAAAUGACAUCGGAGAUUAUUGAAUUUCA